GCUAUUCACACACACACACACACACACACACACACACACACACAGCUCGUCCUGUGCGCAGACAGACAGGUGUCUUCUUCACAGCGAACCAUGUCCUCGUCAAGAAACUCCUCAAACUUCACCCACACCAACAGGUUCGCGCAGCCUCCGUGGCGCGUGGCGCUCUGGUCGCUCGCGUUCGCGCUGGUUCUGCUGGUGGCCGUCACCGGGAACCUGAUCGUUAUCUGGAUCAUCGCGGCGCACAAGAGGAUGAGGACCAUCACCAACUACUUUCUGCUCAACCUCGCGGCGUCUGACGUGUGCGUGGCCGCGCUCAACGCGCUGGUCAACUUCGUGUACGGAGCGCACGGAGACUGGUACUUCAGCAGCGCGUUCUGCCGCUUCCAGAACUUCUACCCGGUGACCGCCGUGUUCGCCAGCAUCUACUCCAUGAGCGCCAUCGCCUUAGACAGGUACAUGGCGAUCAUCCACCCGAUGAAGCCCCGCCUCUCAGGAACGGCCACAAAAGGCGUGAUUGCGUGCGUGUGGAUUCUGGCUGCGUUUCUGGCGUUUCCGCUCUGCUUUUAUUCUGUAACCGAAGUGAGGCCGCACAGGACGGUCUGCUACGUGGCCUGGCCGCGGCGCGACGACGAUGCCUUCAUAUAUCACGUGAUCGUGGCGGUGCUGGUGUAUCUCCUGCCGCUGGCGCUCAUGGCUGCCACCUACAGCAGGGUCGGACUCACGCUGUGGGGCGGAGGAUUUCCAGGACACUCCUCGGGAAACUUCCAGGAUCACCUGCAGGCCAAGAGAAAGGUUGUGAAGAUGAUGGUGAUCGUGGUGGUAACAUUUGCUGUCUGUUGGCUUCCAUAUCAUGUGUAUUUCAUCGUAACGAGCUUCAACCGGAAGCUGAAGAGGUUCAAGUCGAUCCAGCAGGUGUAUCUGUCGGUGCUGUGGCUCUCCAUGAGCUCCUCCAUGUACAACCCCAUCAUCUACUGCUGCCUCAACAGCAGGGUCAAAGUUCACUUACAGACAUCUGAAGAAAUGGGUGACGAAAGACUUACAGCAGAAUCAACAGAAACCUGUCAGAAAACAGCGUCCAAAGCAUCGGAUUGCUGUGGUAAACUGCUCUGCUACAAACCACAUGGCUUUACUGCCUCCGUCAUUACUAAAGCUCUGCUGGGCCUGCUGCUGUUCGGGGUGAUCUGGGCCGUGACGGGACCCUCGUGUCUUCCAGGACAGAACCUCUUUGGCCUGGUGAUUCUGUUCCUGUCAGCCGUGUGUGGAGGAAAACUCAUCAGCGUCUUCAGAUUACCCAGAACCCCUCCAAUACCAGCUCUACUGGGGAUGCUGCUGGCCGGCGUGGUGUUGCGUAACGUUCCGUAUGUCACAGACGCUGUUUAUAUUGAUCAGACCUGGUCUGCGGCUCUGAGGAACGUGUCUCUCGCUGUGAUUCUCACCAGAGCCGGGCUGGGACUCAAUGCUGCUGCCCUGCGGCGUCUGAAGGCAGUGUGUGUGAGGGUUGCUGUCGGCCCGUGUCUUACGGAGACCUGUACGGUGGCUGUAGUGGCUCAUUUUCUGCUGGAUUUGCCCUGGAUAUGGAGCUUCAUGCUCGGUUUCGUUCUGGCCGCUGUCUCUCCGGCUGUGGUGGUUCCGUCCAUGCUGCUCCUGCAGUCGGAAGGAUUCGGUGUUCAGAAAGGAGUUCCCACGCUCCUGAUGGCUGCUGGGAGCUUCGACGACAUCCUCGCCAUCACUGGAUUCACCACGAGCCUGGGCAUUGCCUUCGGAACCGGAUCCACAUGGAUGAAUGUGGGUAAAGGAGUUCUGGAGGUGCUGGCAGGAGUUCUGGCAGGAGGAGUCAUGGGACUUCUGCUCCAUUUCUUACCCAGCGAGGAUCAGUCAGAUGUGGUGUUGCAGCGCUGCUCUCUGCUCUUGGGUCUGUCCAUCUUCAGUGUGUUUGGUAGUCUAGCCGCGGGUCUGGGCGGCGCCGGUGGUCUCUGCACACUCGUGCUGUCCUUCAUCGCUGGACUCAGCUGGGCAGAACAAAAGGCUCCAGUGGCGGCGGUGGUGGGCCGGUUCUGGGACGUCUUUCAGCCGCUCUUAUUUGGUCUGAUUGGAGCAGAAAUCAACAUCUCUUCUCUCAGCGCUUAUACUGUCGGUUUGGGUGUCUCCACUCUGUGUGUGGGUUUGCUGGUCCGUGUUUUGGUGACGUUCUGUAUGGUUCUGUUUGCUGGUUUCAAUAUGAAGGAGAAGAUCUUUAUAGCUCUGGCCUGGAUGCCCAAAGCCACAGUACAAGCAGCUAUCGGCUCUACGGCGUUGGACGUGGCCCGCAGUUCUGGAGACGAGCAGCUAGAGAAUUAUGGGAUGGAUGUUCUGACUGUGGCAGUUCUGGCGAUUCUCAUUACAGCACCGAUCGGAGCGCUUGCCAUCGGACUCACCGGACCCAAACUACUCCAGCAGGACACACACACACUCGAUGACGGCGAGCGCGAGAGCACUCGUGCCGACGGUCUGGAGUCCAAACUCUGAAACUCAACAUGCCUCCAGUGUCCUGCAUACUAACCCUUGAUCCACGCUUGACCGAGCUUCAUUCACCCUGUUCUUACUGUGUGACAACAACAUUCUGUACAAUAAAACAAUUUCUGUCUCUCUGUACUCAUGUGUUUGAGGUUUUAAAUCAGAAUCAGAAUCAGAAAGAGCUUUAUUGCCAAGUAUGCUUCUGUACUGAAUCAAACUGUUUCUCAACAGAGGAAAGGUGUGUGUUUGUGUUGAUGCUCGUGUCAGGCCACGUUUGUUUUUAGGCAGUUCUCAACAAAAUGAAAAUACAGUUGGUAUUGUUUGCUGAAUAUAAACAGUUGC